CUGCCCACGUGACACGCUAAUCUUGGCCCCGCUAAUCAAUCGAUCUGGCCGGCUAUAAUAUCAUUGGCUCACGCCAAGCAGUACAGUCGCUCCUCUACGAGCAUCCAGCGCCACCGUGUGGCCGUGCCCACGCUAGGUCCGGAAGUUGUCUCCACCAUCAUCAGCCGGCCCGCAAAAAAGAGUUGUCUUCUGGCUCACCAGUUUUCAAGCCAUCUUUCGAAGACGAGACUGUGACCAAUCGUAAGAGAGGGAAACUCCUCAGUGAUGCUGUAGAGGAAGGUUGCAAGAAGAAGCAAAAGAACAUCGAAACAUUUUGCUCCGACCUUCUCUUUUAUAGACUUUGUUGCUCAAGUCAGGCUGCGAGAAAAAGUUUGAGUCACCCAGACUCCAUUCAGCCAACAGCCAAUCGUUUUCUCGUUUGUCCGUGACGAAAAGACAAAGAGUAGGAGAAACAGAAGAAGGCCUGAUCGCAAGACGGAUAAAAGCGACUGCUACAGCAUCUGUAAAACUCGUACAGUCCGGCAAACGAACUUCAUAGCCAACUUGUAAAAUACCGCUUCAGCUUCCAUCUAUCAAUUACUGACAGACGCUCACUUAAUUUCCCAUCGGACGCUUUUUCAAGAGAACUAACAGUAGCAGGUCCUUAAAACAAAGCUAACCAGGCAACGUUUUCCUAAUUCUUUUCUGAUAUUCUCUCAGUUGUAGUUUAAAUUAAAAGGUAUACGAAAACUGCAAGAAAAAUACUUUAUAAAAAAGAAAAUUUAAAGGAAGCCAAGAUAUUCAAAUUGCCCUCGACAUGUCCUCCACAUUCGGUCCCAGAUGUCUGCGUAUUUCGUCUGUGUUAACCCUCCUAGCGCUGCUCUUCCUCAUCCUCGUCCUGGAAUCCGAGGGUAUGAGUCUCGAGAAAAUCUGUGAGUCGCGGUGUUUCUACGGGAAAGGCGGGCAACUCUGUAACUGCAAUGCUGCCCACUUCGCGGGCAAGCGCACGGCAGGUCAGCAGGUUGUGGCCAAGAGAGACUUUACGUCCAGCAGCAGGGAAGACGGUGAGCGCCCUGAAGAUGCUGCCACCGACAGUAAAACCAGUGGCGACAUCUCCCGGCCAAGACACAACGGCGACGGCAACACAGACCUGGAUGCCAGCGACGACGGCAGCCUGGUGCUCGGAAGUUUCGUCGAUGACGACCGACACCAACGGUCGACGGCCGUGCAGAAGCUAGCGUCCUUGCUUAAGGACGCCAUCGACGAGAGGUUGGUGGACAGCAUGCCCACAAGAAAGUUUAGUCGGUGGCAAAGUGAUAUCCCUUACGAUGAAGAUGGUGCUCUGUAUUAACGAUGACGGACGUCACUGCUCAAGGAGACAGAAGACCAUAUAUAAAUUGAAACUGUUCGAUUUUCUCAGUCGUCUGUCACAUUAGUGCUUAAACUGAUGAAAAAUUUAAAAAAAUUAAAAC